GGGUUGAAUCACUUAAUGUGGCUUAAAAGCACUAUCGUUUAUAUCGAAGUGUUAAGAGAGGCACGCUUAAAUACAUGCUCUGAGCUAGAGAGGGUAAUUCAUCUUAAGGGAUGAGAGAGAAAGAGAGAGAGAGACACACCCCGAGAUAGUUCUGGAGCCUCCAUAAGCGUGAUCAAAUGAGAAUGAGUCAUUGCAUGACGGUUGCGUUGCAGUCUCGAUCAUGUCAAGAGCGCGCCGAAUAAGGAGCGCGAGAGAAUUCAUGUUUUUCGUAACGAAUUAAACUCAUCUUUGUCAUCUACGUCUUACGUUUGUCAUUUAUUGACCUCAUUUUCAAAAGGUAGGCUUGUGCGCCUCACGUUCCCAAUCUUCAGUUUUUCGUUUCUGAUAAAAUAAUACUAAAAAAUUUCCUCGCGAGUAAAACGUUCGUGUAUUAUCAUGGUCAGAUAAGUUUUGUUAAUGAUAGUGAAUUAUAUUCGGUAUUUAUUACGAUAGAGAAAGAGAAGGUACUAAUAUCCAUGCAAUCGUGAAAUAGAAAUGUGGGCCGAGUAUUGAAAAUAUUAACGUCUAAAAUAAUAAUAUUUAUGUCAAUCUUUCAAAAUAAUUUACGCGCGGUAAUGUUUUUUUCGAUGGAGAACAAUUGUGUCAAGGGUAAAAGCACAGAAGGGGAAGUGAAAACGUCUCGCCGUGGAGUUCUUCGAACUCGCGAGUAAAUAUGGGACCACGCUGCGCGUUAGUGACAGCCGAAAGUGGAAGUCCACUUGCGAGAAAUUAUUAUGGGGAAUCCUCUCUCAAAGAGCGGCAACGACGUCUCAAAGACAGCGGAGCAUGAGGUCAAGGUCCGUUUCGCCCGUGAAUUUGCCGAUGUAAUAUCGGUCGCGGAAAACAUCUGCUCGGCUCCGGAGAGUCUCUCGUCAGCCAGCAGUUUCCACAGCCUUAGCAGCACUCUAAGCACGAAAAGCAGCAGUGGUAUAUGUCCCGAUUCGACGCUCGAAAGUUCAGACGACAUCGCGGACACGUCUUACGCCAAUCCCAAUAUACCUGGCUUGGAGGAUUUGAUAGCUGCGUACGCCGACAUUCAUCUGGAAAGUGAGCGUGACGCGACCCAAGAUCUCAGUCAGGAUCAGACUUUUGCAUCGGCCACAGAUGAGACGCCGUUUCAUGCAAGCGAUUGUUCCCUUAACGAGGAUCUGCCGAAUAACGCUGGUGAUGAGACGCAAGUAAUCGAGACGGAUACUGUAUUACAUGAGACAACGUAUGUAUCGUUGAAUCAACCGAAUACUUUUGAGCUGUCUAAGAGCACGCUUCCUAUUCAAGAUUCGCAAUUUGUGGCUUCGUACCCGGUGAAUAAACAUGCAUCGCAAAUAGAAGAAUUGAUCGAUAAACAUAUUCUAUCACAAGACAGCGAUAAUAUCGUUAAUAAUUCUGCGACAUGUGGCAUCGCAAGUAAUAUUGUAAAGGAUUCAUCCCCAACGAAUAAUGCGGAUGAUAAUCUGAACGUAACAACUACCUACAUUUCAUAUGACGAUUUAAUUCCCAACGUUAGUAAAUUCGAUGAAGAACAAAUCGUAGAAAACAAUAGCAAUUUCGAAACAUUAGAAAAUCCAAAAUUGUGUCUUGUCAAAGUUUCUGUUCCGUCCUCGUUAGCACAAUAUACGGAGGGCCCUUCGUCAUCCAGUAUACCCAAUAUAUCGUUAUCGUUAGAAGAUAUCGAUAAUAAAUCAAAUGGAAAUAAUGUACAUGAUUUAUCAGAAUUUAAAGAAGAAACUUCAUUAACAGUGUUAUCACCUUCUAAUGAUACCCAUAAAAAAUCAUGUGUGUUAUCCCAAAUAAGUAUAAAUAGUCCUGUCGUUCAACCAGAAAAUAAAGUUACCAAGGAACAAGACUUAUUACGAUUGGAUAAUUGUGUUGUGUCAGAUAACCAAGAAGACAAUACACAACAAUUAAACAAGACCAGUAUUAUAGAGCCAAAAAUAUUGGAAGUUAAAGAAAACUUGCAAACGAAUGUCGAUAGAGAAGAUUUAGAAAUAAUAAAUAAUGUGGUAUUGAAUAAAACUCAGAGUUUUUCACCUGAAAAAGAAAUAAAUAAUCAGACUCAUGUUAUAGAAAAACAGUGUAAUCUAUUAGAAACUAUAAUUAUAGAAAAAGAAGAAAAUAUCGUGAAUAGUACAGUUUCGACGAAUGCUGCUAAAGAAAAGGAGACUAUCGAAGAAGAUCUUGAUCGUACGCUUACAUUACAAGAAGUAGAUAAUAUAAACUUUCCAUCAGAUGAAGAACAAUAUCAAGAAUUUCAGCCUCAACGACAAAGUACUACGUUGUUCUUAAGCAAUAACCAACCAGAUUUCGAAGAAUUCAGAUCCACGGUAGAAAAAGUUACUAAUGAGUUGCUCAAUCCUUCACAGGAACUCGUAGAAGAGACAGAUCAGUUUAUCAGUGCAACAGAUGAAAUUUUUCAAGAUCCUUCGACAUUUGACUUCUUGUUAGCACAAAGUAAUUCUAAGCAUACAGAUCGUCUUAGAACAGAAUCUUUGUAUGUUAAAUUUGACCCAUUGAUAUCGAAUACCAGCAUGUUGCCUCAAGGUAAUGCCCCACCAAUAAAUGAAGAGCAAAAUGGCAAGAGCGAAUCGCCUCUGCCUGAUAUUGGUACACCAAAACGUAAUCCUGCCAUAGCAGCUAUAGAUAGGCUGCUUUUUUUUAGUCCUCUUCCUAGCGGAACGGUGCAAAAGUUAGAGGAAGCUCAAGAAAAAAAUGAGCAACCUAUAGAAGAGCCUAAAUCCGAUGCACCGCUCAUUGCAGAUCAUAUAGACAUGAGUAAAGAACUUGAAGUUGUAAGAACGACGGUAUUACAAUUAGAAGAAGAACUAGAAAAACAGAAAAAGGAGCAUGAAGCAGAAUUGGAAAGACAGAAAACAGCUUUUCAGGAAAAAAUUAAUAAAAUGCAGGCACAAAUGGCACAAGAAAUAAAAACCAAAACUCAAAUGACGGUUGUUGUGGAAGAAUAUGAGAAAUCGAUUAGUAGAUUACUCACAGAACGGGAAAGGGAUCGUACAAACUUCGAACAAGAAAAGGCAAAAUUGCUAGAAGAGUUGCAAGCUGCAAAUCACCACCUAACUAAUACGGAAGCAGCAUUUAACGAUGUACAUCAAAAAUAUGAAAGACUCAAAGGAGUUGUGUCAGUGUACAAAAAUAAUGAAACUGUAUUAAAAGAAAGUAUUCAGGAAAAUGUAGAUACUAUAAAGACAUUGGAAACGCGAUAUGAUCAAUUAAAGGAGCAUGCAAUGAAUCAAUUGGAAAAAGCUAAUUUGGAGUUGGACGGAAUACGAAAGCAAAACGAGGCGGAAACAGUGAAACUGCAUGCAAUGAUAAGGAAAGCAGAACUUAAGAGUAAUUCGCUCGCUGAGCUUGUAGAGCAGAAAACUAAAGAGAACAAAGAACUGGCGAAAAUCCUGGACGAGGUUAUCGCUAGGGUUGGGCACGGAAACUCGGAAUGAAAAUAAGAAUAAGGACUAAUCGCGCCACAUCGCGUUUGUGAUGCGGUUAGUCUUUAUUUUUUUAUCGUCCUCUUUCACACUGUCUUAAAUGCAAACAUAUUUUAGAUAUAUGACGGACAUAUGUAUACAUGCGUUAAUUCGAUAAAGUGUAGAUUGCGUUUUACUUCACAGGAAAGCGCCUUUUAUUAAUUAUUUAUAUAAGUUGUGAAAGAUAACUAUUUUAAAGCUAAUAAAACACUAUGCUUAUUUAAAAAAAAAAGAAAAAUUUAUAUAUAUGUAUAAGAUUAAAAAAUAUUUUAAUACCCUGCAAAUAGGGGUGUAACAACAUACAAUCCCACUUUUAAAUGUUACAUUAUUAUUAUUAUAACACGUCUUGUUUUUUCAUGUUAUUUAAAUUUUAUAAAAGUCAGUGUGUAUAAACAUACAUCGCGGAUAAAGAUAUAAGCACUCAUAUUGGUCAUUUUAAUAAUGUCCUGUUCAUUAAAAAAUGUUUGUAUAACUUU